GCCCAGAGGCAGCAGAUGUCCAACAGCAGCUACAUCACCCAGUUCGUCCUUCUGGCCUUCGUGGACACACGGGAGCUGCAGCUCUUGCACUUCUGGCUCUUCCUGGGCAUCUACCUGGCUGCCCUCCUGGGCAAUGGACUCAUCAUCACCACCAUAGCCUGCGACCCCCACCUCCACACCCCCAUGUACUUCUUCCUCCUCAACCUCUCCCUCAUUGACCUGGCCUCCAUCUCCACCACUGUCCCCAAAUCCAUGGCCAAUUCCCUCUGGGACACCAGGACCAUCUCUUAUGCAGGAUGUGCUGCCCAGGUCUUCUUUGUAUUCUUCUUCAUAGCAGCAGAGUAUUCUUUUCUCACUGUCAUGGCCUAUGACCGCUACGUUGCCAUCUGUAAUCCCUUGCAUUAUGGGACCCUCCUGGGCAGCAGAGCUUGUGUCCACAUGGCAGCAGCUGCCUGGGGCAGGGGGGUUCUCUAUUCUCUCCUGCACACGGCCAAUACAUUUUCCAUACCCCUCUGCAAGGGCAAUGCUGUGGACCAGUUCUUCUGUGAGAUCCCCCAGAUCCUCAAGCUCUCUUGCUCACUCUUCUACCUCAGGGAGGGUGGGCUUAUUGUGGCAAGUGUCUUUGUUGGGGUUGGAUGUUUUAUUUUCAUUGUGCUGUCCUAUGUGCAGAUCUUCAGGGCCGUGCUGAGGAUCCCCUCUGAGCAGGGACGGCACAAAGCCUUUUCCACGUGCCUCCCUCACAUGGCUGUGGUCUCCCUGUUUCUCAGCACUGUAGUGUUUGCCCACCUCAAGCCCCCUUCCAUCUCAUCCCCAUCCCUGGAUCUUGUAGUAGCAGUUCUGUACUCAGUGGUGCCUCCAGUAGUGAACCCCCUCAUCUACAGCAUGAGGAACCAGGAGCUCAAGGAGGCCCUAUCGAAACUGAUCCAAUGGGUGCUGUUUCACAGACAAAAGUCUCUGUCACUUCCUCUGCGCUUUAGACUCUCCCAGAUUUUGACUUAG